GAACGAGAAUUGUCGGGGUUCUCGCGGAUUCUCGACUUCCUAUUCGGAAUCAGGGACAUGAGAAGGCCCUGAAACGACAAAAUCUGAAAGUCGAGAAUCUGAGUGGAGGAUGGAGAAAGUUCUUUAUGAAGAUAAGUGGUGUGAACUCACACCGGAUUGCUUACGCAUCAAAUGUUACUACUUCCCUACAGGCGUUUGUAAGGAAAUUGAUACAGCAAGGAUUGAAGGAGUGUACUAUGCCGCGCAGAAUCUUAGUCAGUGCCUCAAAGUCAAACAAUGGGGAAUGGCCCUGAGUCCGUGUUGGUGGGCAUGUGAUUUGUUGAGAGGAUGUCACUCCUCUUCUGGACCUGUAUAUUACAAUGUUGUGAUAGACUGUGGUGAGACUCUAUACAAAGGUUUCACCGUCAUUGAUAUUUGCGAUCUACUCUCACAACUAGGAGCGGUGGCAGAACAAGCACUCUUUGACUAACUCAGUGAGAAUAGUUCCUGAGGCAAUCAAUAUUUUGUCUACAGUCGU